CGUAGAGCAGGAGCUCAGAGUGACAAACAGCGGAAUUACUUUCCUCCACGGCUCUUUAACACUGCGAUCACCCAGCCGCCCGAGAGCUGCUUUGUUGGCGCUCACUUUGGAUAUAGCAGAGUUUCACUAAAGGACCUUUGAAGGUACAUCCACCUUUGAGUAACUUGGACCUGAUCUUUAUGCCAGCUCCUUGUGCGCGAUGGUGACACACAGCAAGUUUGAGCCCGCAAUGAGCAGCUGCACUCUGGAUGCCACCAUGCGGCUCGCUCCUCACCGCUACAAGACCUUCAGCUCCAAGCUGCAGUACCAGCUCGUCCAGAGCACGUUCAGGAAGCUCCAGGAGAGCGGCUUCUACUGGGGCUCCAUCAGUGGCAAAGAGGCCAACGCCAUGCUGGCGUCGGAACCCAGCGGCACCUUCCUGAUCCGCGACAGCUCGGACAACCGCCACUUCUUCACGUUGAGUGUCAAGACAGACUCUGGCACCAAGAACCUGAGGGUGCAGUGUGACAACAAGUCUUUCUUCCUUCAGACGGACCCCAAGAGCUCCCAGUCGGUGCCCCGCUUUGACUGUGUGCUCAAGCUUGUGUACCACUAUAUGUCCUCACCGAGGUGUUCCACGUCCAUGGGCAACAUCCGCAGCGCCUACUAUAUCUACUCUGGAGGGGAGAAGAUCCCCCUGGAGCUGCUGAAGCCCUUCUCCUGCACCAUGUCCUCCCUGCAGCACCUGUGCAGGAAGACAGUCAACGGUCACUUGGACAUUUCAAGCAAGAGGGAUCAGCUGCCUCAGCCUCUCAAAGACUUUCUUCAGGAGUACGAUGCUCCAAUUUAAAGGACACGGCUCAGAGCUUGCUUGGUGUAGACAUACUGCCGUAGAAAACAUGAUAGAGCUGUGCAGAUGAAUGAAGCAGUGAAAGGAAUGUUAGCUAGACCACAUGAGACUGAGCACAGAAGGUUGAAGAUUUGAAAGCUCUUCAUGUUAUUCCAGCCUUUCAAGCACAUGGAGAAGGGACUUUGAGAGGAGCUAGAUGUUCUGGCGGUUUGACUUUUUGGUGGAACAACACAAACCAAGAGUGCUGCUAUCGGUCAAGUUGGCCAGGUUUCUCCCGGGCCAUGGGGAGGGGGGGAUGUUCGCCCUCAGUCAGUCUUAUUUGCACAAGAACUUAUCAAGACAGUGGGUUUGCUGUUUUGAUGAAAAGCAUAGCUACCACUCCACCAGCUCCAUCUGGGCCUUUUUGUGAACUGCCAGGCUACCAAAAGUACAACUCGCUUACAAGCAACUAACAAGUGUAAGAGGGUCUCUGUGAAUAGGCGGUUACACUUGCCCCACCAGUGCUGGUAACUCGAUCCACUCCGCUUGCUCAGAUGGUCACCAGCCUUGACCUCCUCACAGCUCCAAAUCUGCCUGUGCUCACAGAGCCUGGAGCGGGCCUGACAUUUAGCGGAAACCAACCGCCGCCUUCUUCCAAGUAAAUAUUUGUGCCCUUCAUGGAAAAAGGAAGAACUGAGUAACAGCGCGGCACCCAAGGCUGAGGAGAAGAGAUGGUUAUGAGAAAUGAGUUCUGGGAGGGGGAAACAAGGCAACAUGGACAGGAAAAGAAAAACAAAGCGACUGUUUUAUGAUCAGUGUUUGUUUUGUUUUGUUUUCAUUCCUUAAAGAUCAAAAUCUGUUUGGAGAAGUAGGCAGUUGAAGGGACAACCUAAGAACUGUCAAGUUGACAUGUCAAGAGAUGUCAAGGUAGUGAAAAUCAAAUACAUGGAUUUUUUUUUUUUACUUGAAAGAAUGACAUCUGUAUAAACUGAGUUCUUAUGAUGUAAGAGCCAUGGGCCAGACCUGAUCCUCACGUCAACUGGAAGUAUGGCUGUAUUAAAGUGAGAGGGGGCAGAGUAGCAGAAAGAGCUUGCUUAUGAAUGUAUUUAGACUGGGGACCUUGACCCUCGUCUGUCGAUGAAAGGGCUAAAGGUUCACCCCCGUCUUAUUCUUGUACCUUAACAAGACACUGUUUACAUGUGUGAAGACUUUUUUUUUUAUCUGCUGUCUUUUGUAAAGAUGUUUCAACCUUGGGUCUGUUCAUAUGACUUGCGGUUAAUGCUUGAAGAAGAAAAAAAAUCCCUGAAAAACCACAACAAAAGCAAGCAGACUGAAAAUACUUUGCACAUAUUUAUAUUUAUAAAUCAUUUCAGUAAUUUAUAAUAAAGAGCACUAUUUUUCUAAAAAGGAAA